AGAAGGGGAUCUGAGAUUAAAGUAUUCUAGUGUUGUUGGGCGCGUGGACGCCCGGAUUGUGGCAUUUGGAGGUUGUCUCUGGUGCCCAACAUGAUCUUGAAGCAUCUUAAAACUAUCCUGCCUGCUCAGGACGGCGCUGCGAAGAUCACGGCCAUGACAUGGUCGCACAACAACGUGAAGCUGGCCGUGUGUACCUCCGACCGGGUCGUCAUCAUGUUCGACGAAAACGGAGACAAGAAGGACAAGUUCUCGACCAAGCCGAUCGACGCUAAAUACGGGAAAAAGAGCUACGUGGUGAAAGGCCUGGCCUUCUCUCCGGACAGCACCAAAUUGGCCAUCGGCCAGUCUGACAACAUCAUCUUCGUCUACAAGAUCGGCGAGGACUGGGGCGAGAAGAAGGUGAUCUGCAACAAGUUCGUGCAGACGGCGGCCGUCACGUGCCUGGUGUGGCCGCUGGAGGGGCCGAUCGUGUUCGGCCUGGCGGACGGCAAGGUGCGCGGCGCCAACGUCAAGUCCAACAAGUCGCAGACGCUCUACCAGACCGAGUCGUACGUCGUCUCGCUGGCGCCCAACUCCAGCGGCACGGCAUUCCUCUCGGGCCACGCCGACGGCGCCGUGGUACGCUUCUACGUGUCCAAGGACGAUGAGCAGCUGCCGCAGGGUAAGAUUCUGACGCACAACGUGCCGCCCUACGCGCUCUGCUGGGCCAACAACCACAUCGGCAUCGGCGGCUGCGACCGCAAGUUCAUCUUCUACACGAAGGAGGGUCGCCUGGGGCAGCAGUUCGACUACGCCCGAGACGACACGGAGAAGGAGCUGACGACCACCGUGUGCAGCCCCAGCGGUCAGAGCGUGGUGGUCGGCAGCUUUGACCGGCUGCGCGUCUUCGACUGGAGCCCGCGGCGCAACCUCUGGGAGGAGUCCAAGGUGAAGGAAAUCAAGAACCUGUACACGGUCACCAGCCUGACGUGGAAGCGGGACGGCUCACGCGUCGUCUGCGGCAGCCUGUGCGGCUCCGUCGAGCUCUUCGACUCGGCGCUCAAGCGAGCCGUGUGGAACGACCGGUGGGAGAUGACGUACGUCGGCCCGUCCCAGGUGCUCAUCAAGCCGCUCAAGGGCGGCGGUCGCGGCGUCAUCCUCAAGUCCCAGUACGGCUACGAGAUCGAGGACGUCAAGUUCAUGGGUAAGGAGCGGUACCUGGUGGCGCGCACCACCGAGACGCUGCUGGUGGGCGACCUCUCGCGCAACCUGCUCUCCGAGGUGCCCUGGAUGGACACCAGCGGCAACGAGAAGUUCUUCUUCGAGAACGCCAACUGCUGCAUGAUCUUCAACGCCGGCGAGCUGAGCAUCAUCGAAUACGGCAACAACGAGCUGCUGGGCUCCGUCAGGACCGAGUUCAUGAACCCGCACUUGAUCAGCGUCCGCAUCAACGAGCGCAGUCAGAAGGGUGUCGAGGACAACAAGAAGAUGGCCUACCUGGUGGACCUGAAGACCAUCACCAUCAUCGACCUGGUGUACGGCGUCAACCUGGGCGUGGUGUCACACGACACCAAGAUCGACUGGCUGGAGCUGAACGAGACCGGCCACAAGCUGCUCUUCCGCGACAAGCGGCAGCGGCUGCAGCUGGUCGACAUCGAGACCAAGACCAACACGGUCAUCCUCAACUACUGCACGUUCGUUCAGUGGGUGCCCGGCAGCGACGUGGUGGUGGCGCAGAGCCAGUCCAACCUCUGCAUCUGGUACAACAUCGACGCCCCGGAGAGGGUCACCAUGUUCCCCAUCAAGGGCGACAUCAUCGACAUCGACCGCAGCGACAACAAGACCGAGGUGAUCGUGCAGGACAGCCGCCAGGAGUACUCGUACACGCUGGACGAGGGCCUGAUCGAGUUCGGGACGGCCAUCGACGACGGCGACCUGCUGCGCGCCAUGAACUUCCUCGAGUCGCUGGAGCUGACGCCCGAGGCCGAGGCCAUGUGGCGCACCCUCGGCCGGCUGGCCGUCGAGAGCGAGCAGCUGCACAUAGCCGAGCGGUGUUUCGCCGCGCUCGGGGACGUCUCCAAGGCCAAGUACCUGCGGGAGAUCAUCAUGCUGGCCGAGCAGGUGGCGCAGAAGCUCGGUCAUGGUGACGGAAUGGACUUUUACGAGGUGAAGGCGCGCAUGGCCGUCUUCAACCGACAGUUCAAGGACGCCGAGGCCAUCUACCUGGACAACAACCAGGUGGACAGCGUCAUCCGCAUGUACCAGAACAUGAACAAGUGGGAGGAAGCGCUGAACGUAGCCGAGACGCGGCGGCACCCGGACCUGCCGCAGCUGCGCGCCAACUACCACCAGUGGCUGAUGACCACCCGGCAGGAGGAGAAGGCCGGCGAACUCAAGGAGCAGGAAGGCGACUACCUGCACGCCGUGCAGCUGUACCUGCGCAGCGGCCUGCCGGCCAAGGCCGCCAGGGUGACGCUCAACACGCCCGACCUGGCCAACAACGUGGGCCUCAUCAACGGCAUCGCGCAGGCGCUCAUCACGGCCGAGCUGUUCGAGAAGGCCGGCGAGAUGUACGAGCGCGUCAACGAGCUGGAGCCGGCGCUCGACUGCUACCGCAAAGGCAACGCCUACUCGCGCUGCGUGGCGCUUGCCCGCUCCAACUUCCCCGCAGUGGUGGUGCAGCUGGAGGAGGAGUGGGGCGACCACCUGGUCUCCAAGCGCGAGCUGGACGCCGCCAUCAACCACUACAUCGAGGCGGGCAAGACCAUCAAGGCGCUGGACGCGGCUGUGCAUGCGCGCCAGUGGAAGAAGGCCAUGCAGAUAGUACAGGCGGCCGGCGGCGACCAGGAUAUCUCGCCCUACCUGCUCAAGCUGGGCGGCCACUUCGCCCAGAUCGGCGACCACGCCACCGCCGAGAAGCUCUUCAUGGACGGCGGCAUGUUCAAGGAGGCCAUCGAGAUGUACAACAACGCAGGCAAGUGGGACAAGGCGUACUCGAUCGCGCGCCAGUACAUGCAGCCGGAGGAGGUGAGCCACAUGUACAUCCAGCAGGCGGCCCAGCUGGAGGAGCAGGGCAAGUUCCGCGACGCCGAGAAGCUCUACAUCACUGUGCAGGAGCCCGACCUGGCCAUCACCAUGUACAAGAAGCAGCGACAGUACGAUCACAUGAUGCGGCUGGUGACGGAGCACCAUCCGGAGCUGGUCAACCAGACGCACGUGCACCUGGGCGGCGAGCUGGAGAACGAGAACAACUACAAGGAGGCCGAGAAGCACUACGUGGCCGGCGGCGACUGGAAGGCGGCGGUCAACAUGUGGCGGGGUCUGGAGAGCUGGGAGGAUGCCUUCAGGGUGGCCAAAAACUCGGGCGGCAACAACGCGGCCAAGCAGGUGUCGUACCUGUGGGCGCGCACCAUGGGCGGCGAGUCGGCCGUCAAGCUGCUGCGCAAGCUCGGCUACCUGGACCAGUGCAUCGAGUACGCCUGCGAGAGCCUCCAGUUCGACUUCGCGUUCGAGCUGGCUAAGGGGAGCCAGGCGAGUAAGACCCAGGAGAUCCAUUACAAGCAAGCCAUGGCGCUGGAGGACGACGGCAAGUUCCCCGACGCCGAGGAGGCCUUCAUCCGGGCCGGCAAGCCGCGUGAGGCUGUGCUCAUGUACGUGCACAACCAGCAGUGGCCGGCGGCGCAGCGCGUGGCGGAAAACUACGACCCGGACUCGGUGCCCGACAUCCUGGUGGGCCAGGCGCGCCAGGCGUUCCAGGAGCAGAACUACAGCAAGUUCGAGUCGCUGCUGCUGCGCGCCGGCCGCUCGGAGAUGGCCAUCGGCCUUUACAAGGAGGCCAACAUGUGGCAGGAGGCGCUGCGGGUGUGCCGCGAGUACGCGCCGCACAAGCUGGACGAGCUGCAGGAGGAGUACGACAAGAACGUGAUGAAGCAGACCGGCACCAGCACGGCCAGCGGCGACGUCAAGCUGCUGCUGGAGCAGGCCGCCAAGUGGGAGCAGACGGACGAUGUCGCCAAGGCUAUCGACUGCUACAUGAAGAUCAACCCGUCCAUGACGCAGGACCGCGCCAUCGUGGAGAGGGCCUGGACCAGCGCCGCCGAGCUGGCCAUCAAGUUUCUCGGCGCCGUCAAAGGGCCGAAGCUGGCCGCCGAGCUUGGCAAACGUCUGCUGGAGAUCGGCGCUAACAACGCGGCCGCCCAGGUGUUCCUCGGCUCGGACAACAUCAAGGAGGCGAUCAAGGCGCUGGUGCUGGCCUCCGAGUGGGACAAGGCCAAGAAAAUCGCGCAGGAGAUGGACCCCAGCCUCCUGAAGGCCGUGGAGGAGAAGUACAAGGAGUUCCUCAAGAACGAGGGCCAGGCGGACGCCCUGGCCAGCGUGGACGUCAUCCAGGGUCUGGACAUGUUCGUCCAGAAGGGUCAGUGGCAGAAGUGUAUCGAGAUGGCCAAGGAGCACGGAUCGCAGGUGCUGCACAAGUACCUGGCCCUGUACGCCGCGCACCUGAUCAAGGAGAACUCGCCGGUCGAGGCUCUCAAGCUGUACGUCAAGAACGGCGCGCCGGCCCAGCCGCAGAACUACAACAUCUACAAGUACAUCACGGUCAGCAUGUUCGGCCAGCACGCGCUGGCCACGGCCGAGAGCUACAAGGUGUGGUCGGAGCUCCGCGAGUUUCUGUUUGACCUGGUGGGCAACAUGAACCACUCGGCCGAGGCCGGCUCAGCGGUACACGAGGCGUUCCAGACCAUGCUGUUCGUGGCCCACCUGCUGGCCACCCGGUCGGCCGCCUACGGCGCCGACCAGCUGACCAUGAUCGCCAGCAAGAUCUCGGUGGCGCUACUGCGCUACACCGAGCUGGUGCCCGCCGACAAGGCCUUCUUCGAGGCCGGCGUCGACGCUAAGAAGGUGGGCUGGGAGAACAUGGCGUUCGUCUGCUGGAACCACUUCCUGGACCUGUGCGAGGCCAUCGAGGAGGGCUCGCUCGACACCAUCGACCACAGCGACUUCGCCAACACGGACGUGCCGUUCGAGAUCCCGCUGCCGCCCAAGGCCAACGUCGAGCAGAGCGACACCGAGAGCGCCAAGGAGUGGGUGCUGGCCGUCAGCAUGGACCAGUCGGUGGAGCAGGAGCUGCCACAGGACGAGCGCGGCUGCUACGCCGCCAGCCUCCUCAACCCGGACGGUAGCAAGUCGCCGCCGUGCGUCGUCACCGGCUACCCGGUGCUCAAGAACAAGAUGGAGUUCCAGUACGGCAAGGUGGCCAACAAGGACGACUGGAACUCGCUGGUGAUGACGGCCAAGAUGACCAACAGCGUGGAGCUGACGGAUGUGCUCCGCUUCGUCGGCACGUGGGCCGGCACCGGGCAGCAGGGCUACGCCUUCAAGUAGUGCCCGUCAGCCGCACCCAGGCCGCCGGCAGGCCCGACCCGACCGGUGGUCUCAUGAGACGCGUUUCUCGCGUCGGCUUUCGCUGAUCUCGUGUUGCCGGUCUGCGUGUGUUACGGGCGGAGGCGCCCGCGCCACCGCCGCGCGGUCACGUCGCCGCUGUU